AGGCUUACGAGUGUUUGCGUUCGCUGCUGUUUCUGGACGCGGCGGUUGCGGGCGAAGGUGCAGCACUAGGGUUGGGUUUGCUGCUGCUAGGGUCUGGAGCAGCAGCAGCAGCAGCAGCAAACGAGCUGCUGUCUUAUUCGAAGGAGACGCAGCACGAGAAGAUUGGCAGGGCCUGUUCCCUCGCCCUCGCCCUCAUUUCCUUCCAGCGCGAAGAAGCGGCGGAUGAGCUGAUUGAGCAGUGCCUGGCUGAAGCAGAUUCGCUCAUUCGCUACGGCGGCGCUUUCGCCAUUGGCCUUGCCUACUGCAACACGGGAAAGGAAUCGGCUGUGAAGCGUUUGCUGCACAUCGCCGUCUCCGACGUCAGCGACGAUGUGCGCAGAGCGGCGGUUUUGUCUUUAGUGUUUGUUUUGUGUUCUCACAAAGAAGAGCUGCUGCGGAUUCUGCUGCUGCUGUGCAGCAGCCACAACCCUCACGUGCGGCAUGCUGCUGCUGUUGCUGCUGGGGUUUCUCUUGCUGCUAGCGGCAACAAAGAAGCAGCAGAUGCUCUCCAAACCCUAACAGCAGAUCCCGUCGACUUCGUCCGCCAAGCUGCAAAUCCGCAGUUUUCAACGCCAAAAAGUCCCUCUUGCGCAAAUGAAUGA